AUGGAAGACAGAACAUUCAUAGCCGAGGCCGCAGGCGUUAGAAAGAAUACCAAUAUCCGCGAAUCUGAAGCAUUACACGCUAUCAAUAUCGAGCAGAAGCUUCUUAUAUUCUUGUAUAUUACAACUCCUAGUGUGAGCUAUCAGAACGCUGCAGAGAUGUUUCAUCAUUCAUUAGACACAAUAUCCAAGGUGUUUCAUGAGGUUUUGGAAUCGCUCUGCGUACUCUACGAGUAUUAUGUCAAAUUGCCCGAAUCCCCGAUGGAAUAUAGCAAGAAAGCUCUCGGUUCAAAUCCACAUUAUUGGCCGUUUUUCAAAGGGUGUAUUGGAGCUCUGGAUGGCACUCAUUUACCUAUCUCUAUUCCUUUGAAUCAGCAAUCUCUUGAUGUUGGUUCCAUAUUAGGAGUUCAAUAUCAUCUAAAGGAAUGGGAAAAAGCGAAUUCUCAACCUGUCAAUGCCUCAGAGUUGUAUAAUCUUCGUCAUGCCAGUUUGCGAGGUGUAGUCAAUGAGGAGGAAACAAGAGAAACUGCAGGGAUUCAACAAGAGGGUAGUGAUGAAAUGAUGAAAAAGCGAGAUAAUAUCGCUGCGCAGAUGUGGAGGCAGUAUAACCAAGAUAAAGACCUGAGAUAUUUGGAUCUUGAAAAAGCAAAGGAAUCAUGCUAUAACCAUAAUCACCUGUUGCCAAACGACUGUCAAGCAGUUCACCAGCCAAACGACACUUUUGUAAUUGCUGUUGUCUGUUUCCAAACCCCAUUUUUUGGUGUCAAUGAACGUAUUGAGCAUGGCAAGCUCCAUGGCAGGGGUCCAAUCGGUUCGAAUUCGGGCGGCACGCCGGGCUCGCUGGGAGGCUCGCUGGGUGUAUGGCCGGGAGGGUUGGCUGUACAGCCUGGAGGCCGGCGGGGUUGGAAAUUUCAACUGCUACACGUCCGCUGGAAUGGCAUGAUAAUCAUCAUCAUAAAAACCAUGGGGAAAGGUGGCAAUAUUGAAGGUUUACGCCGUCAAAAGGCAAAUAUCCACUUUCUUUCUCGCAUGUUGUUCGAGAUGGAGGUGGAUAAUGCUUCUCCUGUUUCUGUAAGAGCUACGUCUUUCCAGGGCUGUACGCAUGGCACUUACUAUAUCUCUGUCUGGUGGUGGAAAGUGGCUGUUCGAAGCAUCAGACUUGUUAAAAUUAAUUGUAAAGUACCGGUUGUCUUCAUGGAUGACAAGGUAGACACCUUUGCAGCGACAGUCAUUGAAAUAGCUACGCAGCAUACGCUGCAGCGUGCCUUUCUGUCGAUAACGCAUCUGCACAAGACUACUGCGCUCAGUCCAUGGCUUCUUGACACGUUUCGAGCUUGGUGGUUGCAUCUUGUGGCGUUUGAUUCCGAUGAAGAUAAAGGAUCUGGGACUUGCUGGUUAUCACUUGACACUAUGGGAAGAGCUCUCAAUUUAUAG